UCAUCAAUUCCAGAUUGCGCGUUAUCCGCCAUGGAUAUUCGUGAGAUUUGCAAUAAUUUCUCCCUUCCGUGGGACGGCCGCUGGCUUAUCACAAGACAAAUGGUACUGAUAGACGAGACUUUCUAGGUUCCACGAAGCAAAAGGAGAAAUGGCAAUGCUGGAAUGGUUUCUAGUGCUCGGAAUUUCGGCAGCUACAAUCCUGGUGCAUGGCCAGUCAGGAGAUACAAUGACGCCGACCAAAUCCAUUGUGGAUGGACAAACCUUAAUCUCGGCAGGUGGGACCUUCGAACUGGGCUUCUUCAGCCCCGGUGACUCGAAGGGUCGAUACUUAGGGAUACAUUACAGAGGCACUCCAGAUAAAACAGUUGUGUGGGUUGCCAAUAGAAUCUCUCCCCUCAAUGGCUCCACUGGGGUUCUCAAUCUCACGGGUGAUGGAAAUCUCGCACUUCUAAACAGCACCGGAUAUAUUAUUUGGUCGACAGGCACAUCAAAUGCAAUUAAUCCCGUUGUACAGAUUGUAGACUCGGGAAAUCUUGUCCUGAUUGAAGGAACUUCGAAGAAUUUAUUGUGGCAGAGCUUUGAUCAUCCAAGUAACACACUUCUACCAGGUAUGAAGCUUGGGUGGGAUUUAAGAACCAAUGUUGACAGGCAUCUCACGUCAUGGAGGAAUUCCUCUGACCCUUCGCCAGGGGACUUCUCCUACAAGAUACAUGUUAAUGCACUACCAGAGCUUUUCUUAUGGAGAGGAUCUGUCCCAAUAUAUCGCAGUGGACCCUGGAAUGGACGUGGAUUUAAUGGCAUUCCAGAGAUGCAAACAAAUAACAUGUUCUGGUUUAAUCUAACUUCCAAUGAGUAUGAGACCACCUACACCUACGAAGUACAGGACAAUUCUAUUCUAUCUCGUAUUUUGUUGAACGAGAAUGGAGUGGUUAAGCAUUUGGUGCUAUAUAGACCAAAGCUUAAAUGGGACCUAUACUGGCAGCAUCCGGAAGAGCAGUGCGACGAGUAUGCUCACUGUGGAGCUAAUAACUUAUGCAGUACAAGCUACGUAUCGGCCUGUGAUUGUUUGAGGGGAUUCAGUCUUAAGUCUCCACAAAAUUGGAGAUUGAGAGACAGUUCUGAUGACUGUGUAAGGAGAACAGCUUUAAAUUGUUCAUCGGAUGGUUUCUUUGAGCUGCAACAAAUGAAGUUGCCUGAUACGUCAAAUGCCACCGUGCACAGCAACAAAAGUCUGGAAGAGUGUGAAGACUGGUGCCUGAAGAACUGCACUUGCAGCGCCUAUGCUAUCAUUGAAGGGAGCGGAUGUGUAACAUGGACCGGAGAUCUCGUCGAUAUUCGACUGUUCACCGAAGGAGGAGAGAGUCUAUAUGUUCGGCUUGCAUCUUCUGAAUUAGGUCAGAUAAGGGGUAAUUACCGUAAAAAGAAGCUUGUCAUAGUCAUCAUCAUUUCUUCGCUGGCAGGGUUUCCUCUACUUGUGUGCUGUAUUCGACUUCUGUGGAAGAAGAACAAAAAAAGAAAGCAAGGUGAAACACUUAGCAUCCACUACAGGGAAAGCAGAGGAAACGAGCUAGAGUUACCUUUAUUUGAUAUACAUACAAUAAGAACUGCCACCAAUAACUUUUCUGAAGAUAAUAAACUUGGAGAGGGUGGAUUUGGCCCUGUUUACAAGGGUCAGUUGGAAGAUGGAGAAAAGAUUGCUGUCAAGAGGUUGUCCAAAGAUUCUGUGCAGGGCAUAAAUGAAUUCACAAAUGAGGUGUUGGUGAUAGCCAAACUUCAGCACAGAAAUCUUGUUCGCCUUCUUGGCUGUUGCAUUGAAGGAGAGGAACGAUUGCUGGUGUACGAGUACUUGCAAAAUACAAGUUUGGACUAUUUCAUAUUCGAUAGUAAAAGAAGUGCAUUUUUGGACUGGCAAAAGCGCCUCGACAUCAUCUUAGGAGUUGCUCGAGGACUUCUUUACCUUCACCAAGACUCUAGGUUGAAAAUUAUUCACAGAGAUUUGAAGGCCAGCAAUAUUCUUCUUGAUGAGGAGCUGAACCCAAAAAUCUCAGACUUCGGUACUGCAAGAAUUUUUAAGGUUGACCAAAUUGAAGAGAAUACAAAUAGAGUUGUUGGGACAUAG